AUGAUUUACGUGGAUCUCGAUCAAGUUCAACGUUCUAAAACGCGUAUUUGGCUUUUUCUUGGAAAGGACCUCUUGCAAAUCCUCAUCAUCACAAUGUCUGUGGUAUCAAUCUUUGCGCUGUUUGUCUACUACGAAGGCGAAGUGCGCAAAAAGAAGCUCAGAGGGAUGCACAUCUCGAAGGAUCUUGGAUACUUCUCCAGGCUCUCUCGAGCAGGUCUCAGCAGUGCUUUCUACACAGAAAUUUUCAUACAGCUCAUCAUGCCAUGGCCGAUUCUGAACUCGGAGUUUCAUAUCUGGUCUCCGACAUCUCAAAAGUAUUUGAGGUACAACCUGAAUGACUUCAUGGUCCUUGCGAUGUUUGUGCGAAUGUAUAUGAUCGCAUUUUGUUGGUUUUUGGACCAUACUUUCAUGUCCCCAACAUGUCUUUUGCUGAGUAAAAUCAGCAACGUGAAGAUGAGCUUUGUGAAUGUGCUCAAGUAUCUUCUCUGCUAUGACUUGAUGUUCCUCGUAUACCUCUGGGUCGCUAGCAUCAUCUUUUUCUCUUUUUCUCUCUACAUCCUGGAUCGGAGUGAUCAGAGCUUCGGAGCGCCGUCCUCGUUCUCACAGCAUUUCAGCUUCGCUGUCCUUCAAAUGACUCUUACAAGAACUGAGGCCUUACAGCUACAAACUGACAUGGCUAGAGUCUUCUCCUACCUGAUAUCUGCUGUUGGUCUUGCCCUCCUUGUCUUGACAGUCAAUGCUUUCCGAAUCCUCCUCAAGCUGCAGCCCAAUGACGCUCAGUUCCUCGAGUCGUUCGAGCUCGAUCGUGCUGGGCAGCGGCUGAGAAAGUCUGCUACCCUUUUCAUUGAAAGUUUCUACAUGCGAUCAUCGCUCUACAAGUCUAACGGUCGAGUCAUCACGAAAACGAUCUCGACGGCUCCGGAGAGGAAAGUGACCUAUCGGGACUUGUCCUGGGCGCAGGGUGAGGCACCAGCUGGGAAUAUUUUUGAUGACAGCAACUUGAUGAGGAGGAUGCAGGAGUUCAGGUCCUGUAGAGACGAGGUGGACCGGCGGAAGGAUCAGAUGAGGAAGAAAAGGAUGAUGGUAGCCUCGGCGUUGCUGUCGCGCUCAGAGAAACUUGGGGAGCAUGUGGACACACUCCGACGGCGCAUCACGAGAUUGAGCAGGUCUCGUCAUCAUGGCUGA